GGAAAAGAAUUGCAAGUAUAAUACCAAGAAGAAUGAAGAGCUUCCCUCCACAUCCAUAUCCGAACCAAAUUCCCUCCUUCUCUACCCUUUUGUAGUCUUCUCUUUCUCUCUCUCUUCCCGCUUUUUCCAAUCAUUCUUCACUUCUCCCAUCAACCAGAUCUCUCUCACACAAUCCCUCCUUCUUCCCGCCCAAUUCAAUUGCUCUUCGCAGAUUCGAUCACUCUGUAAAACCCCCAAAUAGACCUCCAAAAAAGGGCUUAAUCGAUCGCUCUUCUCAAUUCUACUCCAAUUGUAUCUAGAAUCAGUUGCGGUUGGUUUUGAUUUGCUUCGAAUUAGUCAACGAUUGCGCCAGAUCAUGCAACACCAGCAAAAUCAUAAUCAUUCCUUCUUAAAACGUCAGCUUCCUUUUACAUCAAUGAAGCCGCCGCCCUUCGGUGACUAUCAUCGAUUCUCUUCAACUACUGCUGCGCAUCACGAAUCGGAAGGCAUAGUCGUCAAAACUCCUCCAUUAAAGAGGAAGGGGGAUGCAACUAAUGAGCAGAGCCAGAGCCCCACUCCUGGAAACACUUUACCUACUACCACUUCUCUACAAACCCCUGUUUCUGGGAAAGCAUCAAAACCACAAAAAAUUCCUAGAAUUGGAAAGUGCAAUCGGGCAGGAUCCAAUGCUGAUUCUCCAUCAGGAAAUAAUCUUACCCCCGUUGGCCCCUGUCGAUAUGAUAGCUCUUUAGGUCUUUUAACUAAGAAGUUCAUCAACCUUAUCAAGCAUGCAGAAGAUGGUAUUCUUGAUCUAAAUAAAGCAGCAGAAACACUAGAGGUACAAAAGAGGCGAAUCUACGAUAUAACAAAUGUGCUAGAAGGAAUUGGUCUCAUAGAGAAAAAGCUAAAGAACAGGAUUCAAUGGAAGGGAUUUGAUGCAUCGAAAGGGGAGGUUGAUGAGAGUAUUGCUAGUUUACAGGCAGAAGUUGAAAAUCUUUCAGUAGAGGAGCUUAGAUUAGAUGAGGAAACAAGAGAAAUGCAAGACAGGUUAAGGGAUCUGAGUGAAGACGAAAGUAAUCAAAAGUGGCUUUUCGUCACUGAAGACGACAUUAAGAGCCUGCCCUGCUUCCAGGAAGAAACCUUGAUUGCAAUCAAGGCCCCGCAUGGGACUACUCUAGAAGUUCCAGAUCCUGAUGAGGGUGUUGACCAUCUUCAAAGGAGAUAUAGAAUAGUUCUGAGGAGUACAAUGGGUCCCAUAGAUGUUUACCUUGUCAGCCAAUUUGAGGAGAAGGUUGAGGAAAUGAAUGGUGGCAUCCCUUCAAGUUUGGGGAUGGUUGAGAAUCCGACUAAAGAAACAACGAUGGAUGAGAGGCAAGGAACUGGUGCUGGUGCUCACACAUCAGAGGACUUUGUUAAUGGCGGGAUUAUGAAGAUAGUUCCAGAUAUUGAUAGCGACGCAGACUACUGGCUUUUAUCAGAAGCCGAUGUCAGCAUCACAGACAUAUGGACGACUGAAUCGAGUGUUGAAUGGAGUGAUUUGGACAUGCUUCAUAAUGACUACACCAUGCCCAUGCCAUUGCCAGGUGUCACUGUCACCACCCCACCAACUUCAGAUGCAAACCCUCCUACUCCUACUCCUACUCCUACAGGGACAGAUUGUCUGGGUUGAACAACACAAAAAGGUAACAACACUUGUCAAGCUGCCUUCAAUCACCUCCACUAGAGGGAGGGAGGGAACAGAUAUCUCCAAAAUAUACAACACUUACACAACAUGGUGUUGAGAUUUGAGAUUCGAGAAACAAAACAAAAUGUAUUCAUAACAAUAGGUGCUGUUCUGUGCUGUCUGUAAAUAGGGACAAUGUCACUAAAUAGUAACCAACUUUCAUAUUUGUUCCACGUAAGUAAGUACCUCACUAAUUUUCCUUUUUUGAAGAUAUUUAACCACCCAACUAACUUUCUGUUUUGUUCCAGUAUUGUGAAUCACAAUCUUUGUAUCUUUUGGUUUAGAUCCUGAUUGAAACAUGUUGGUGAUAUAACUGAAACUUGAUACCUUCAAAUGAAACUGUUUCAAUAAAACACACCACAGCUGUGCCAGGUCAACAAAACAAAGCACUAUAAACAAAAAACAAAAUUUGUCAACAAUGGAACGAAAUUGAAAGUCGAGUGGUUAAACCUUUUCAAAGAAAAAGUUUGGGGGUGCUUAGGUGGAACAUGUAUGAAACUUGGUAGCUGUUUAGUGACAAAGCACCUUGUAAAUAUUUGAGUUUCUCAGCAUGUAUCAAGUAGGCUUUGUAAGAUAUCAAACAGAACAAGGAGGGGGUUUACAAUACAUGCGUAUUUUAGUAACUCUGAAUCCAUUUGAUUUGCACCAUUAAGCCUAGUUAAAUGCAAGAAAUAACAAUAUACUUCUGUUGAUUCGUAUA